AAAGGAGGAGAGGAGCCGGUCGUAACUGCUUCAGUGGGGGGAGCGCUGUGAGGUAUGGAAAAAAUGGUUUACGUGUGUUGGAGGGUCUGGCAGCGUCUGGCCUACGCUCUGUGAGGUUUGCUCUGGAGGUGCCUGGUCUACGUAGCGUCACGGCUAACGACUUCUCAGCCAAGGCUGCUGCCCUCAUCGCCCGCAAUGCCCAGCACAAUGGGGUCACACACCUACUGCAGGCCAGCCAGAGAGACGCCAGCAUGCUGAUGUAUGAGAUGCGGGGGAAGAAGGAACGCUAUGAUGUCAUAGACCUGGACCCCUACGGAAGCCCCGCCCCUUUCCUGGAUGCAGCCGUGCAGGCCGUCGGUGAAGGAGGUCUGUUGUGUGUGACGUGUACUGACAUGGCUGUGAUGGCUGGUAACAGUGGGGAGACCUGCUACAGCAAAUACGGCUCUGUCUCCAUCAAAGCCAAGUACUGCCAUGAGAUGGCUCUGCGGAUCAUCCUGCAUAGUCUGGACCAGAGAGCUGGUGUGUACCAGCGUUACAUCCACCCCCUGCUCUGUGUCAGUGUGGACUUCUACAUACGAGUGUUUGUCAGGGUACACACUGGACAGGCCAUGGUCAAAAACUCAGCAAGUAAACAAGCGUUGGUGUAUAACUGUGUAGGCUGUGGAUCCUUCCACUUACAACGACUGGGCAAGAGGACGACUCAGGGAAAACAUAUAAAGUACUCUGCAGCCACUGGACCGCCGGUCGGAGCAGAAUGUGAACACUGUGGACACAGACACCAGCUGGGUGGUCCUAUCUGGGGUGAGGCCCUCCAUGAUGUGAGCUUUGUUCAGAAGGUUCUAUCUGCUGUGUCUGGGAACCCGUCCCGCUUUGGAACCGCCCGACGCAUAGAGGGCAUGCUCAGCAUGGUCACAGAGGAGCUGGAGGAUGUGCCUCUAUACUAUACAGUGGACAACCUGAGCAGCACUGUACACUGCAGCACUCCCCCUCUACUCCAAUUCCGGUCUGCUCUGCUUCAUGCGGGCCACAGGGUGUCUUUGUCUCAUGCCUGUAAGAAUGCUCUAAAGACGGACGCUCCUCCCAGGGUCCUCUGGGACGUCAUGCGAUGCUGGGAGAAGUCCAAUCCAGUGAAGAGAGACAGACUGUCAGAGAGCAGCCCUGCUCACCAAAUCCUCAAUACUGAACCCAUUCUACAGGCGUGUUUUGAUGUGAGGGAGGAUGCCAAUCCCCAGUCCCGUCGUCGCCACCUCACCCGCUUCCAGGAGAACCCUGAGCCAUUCUGGGGGCCCAAGGCCCGCGCCAAGGCUGGUGGUGGAGGUAUCUCAUCAGACCUGGAGGACAGGAGGAAACAGGGUCAGAACAAGAGAAAGAACCAGAUUACAGACGCCACCCAGCUCAAGAGCUUCCCCUGCAAGAGGUUCAGAAAGGGUAAAUGCACACAUGGUGAAAAAUGCUGUUACUCCCAUGACCUGGAACAGACUGACAAGAUGGAGUGAUUAUGGAGCGAUUCCUUCCUACUCUCCUUUCUUCCCUCUGUCUUUCUCUCACUUGGAACAUUGAGUUGGUAUCCUCAUGUCCAGCCCAGCAGACUCUGUCCACUGUAAGGUAUACUGGACACAAUCAGGGUAUGGAGUUUUCCCACUGACUAAGCAACCAGGUAAAACUCCAGGCCCCAGACAUAAUUAACUUGGAACUCUACCGGUUAUGGCUCCGGGGUGAAGUUUCCCCCUUGAUACAAAUCUAGGAUCAGCUUCCCGUCCCCCAAUCCUCUACGUAACCAGAGGGAGAACGCAAAACUGACCCAAGAUCAGCGUCUAGGGGUAACUUCACUACAAAACAUUAUGGAAUGUGAUAAGUUAGUUAGCCCUGUAUUGGAAAUACAUGUACACAUGUGAUGUGGACAAACUGGCUUCAUACUGAAGUGAAGCAUCAAUUGGUUUAUUUUUGACUGUUGUGACAGUCUAAUAAAAAUCCUUAUGCCAA